GGCGAGGACACGGCUCCGCUGGGCUCCCUCGUGGGCCGGGCGGUGGCUCCUGGCGCGGGCAGGGGGCGUCCCCGCUCCCUCGGCUGUGGUGUCUCCCGGGUCCCCGCAGCCGCCCGCGCGCAGGUUAGGACUUCCUGAAAUGCCCUUUUGCAGUCACCAACUCAGACUAGUGGGACAGAAGUCAGCGCCCUCCACCCCACUGCUGUGACUUUUGCUGGGAGUGGCAAGGUGGGCCAGCCUGGCUCACCCAUGGAGCCCUUUGCAGGAACUGAGGAACAGUGUCAACUGUGCCUCCACCUGUCCCAGCCACUCCUUCUACCUCCUGCUAACCUGCAUGUCAUGCCCCCAGAGGACUGAUCAUCUUAGCCAGCUUCACACCUGAGUAUCAAGUCCCUCAAGAUGUCGCUGGAGUGGCUGGUGGCCUGGAGCUGGUCUCUAGAUGGGCUAAGGGACUGCAUCGGCACCGGCAUCCAGUCUGUGCGGGACUGCGACAGCACCGCUGUGGUCACCGUGGCCUGCCUCCUGGUUCUGUUCGUGUGGUACUGUUACCAUGUGGGCCGAGAGCAGCCCCGGCCCUAUGUGUCUGUCAACUCCCUCCUGCAGGGUGUGGAUGCCAACGGGCUGCAGAAUGGGUCUGUGUACUGCCAGUCCCCCGAGUGUGUGCGUUGCACACAUCAGGACGGUCUCAACCAGAAACUCUACCACAACCUGCAGGAGUACGCCAAGCGAUACUCGUGGUCGGGCAUGGGCCGCAUCCACAAGGGCAUCCGGGAGCAGGGCCGCUACCUCAGCAGCCGGCCCUCCAUCCAGAAGCCCGAGAUCUUCUUCCUGCCUGACCUGCCCACCACACCCUACUUCUCCCGAGAUGCCCAAAGGCAUGACGUGGAGCUGCUGGAGCGGAACUUCCAGACCAUCCUCUGCGAGUUUGAGACACUGUACAAGGCGUUCUCGAAUUGCAGCCUUCCACAGGGCUGGAAAGUGAACAGUACGCCCAGCGGGGAGUGGUUCACCUUUUACUUUGUCAACCAGGGCGUUUGUGUCCCCAGGAACUGCAGGAAGUGCCCACGGACGUACCGCUUGCUCGGCAGCCUUCGGACCUGUAUUGGGAACAAUGUUUUUGGAAACGCGUGUAUUUCCGUACUGAGCCCUGGGACUGUGAUAACGGAGCACUAUGGACCCACCAAUAUCCGCAUCCGGUGCCACCUAGGUCUGAAGACUCCCAAUGGCUGUGAACUGGUGGUAGGGGGUGAGCCACAGUGCUGGGCAGAAGGCCGGUGCCUACUCUUUGACGACUCCUUCCUGCAUACCGCGUUCCACGAAGGUUCUGCUGAUGAUGGUCCGAGGGUGGUCUUCAUGGUGGAUCUCUGGCACCCCAACGUGGCAGCUGCUGAACGGCAGGCCCUGGAUUUCAUCUUUGCCCCAGGACGAUGAACACAUGGUCUGUGCUGGAGCCAAGCCAGCAACGGGUUGAGCAGAGCCCGUGUGAACCAUGGGACAGUCCGGUCCCUGCCCGUGCCCUGAUCCCACAUGCAGACACCUGCCUCAUCUGGAAGCAUCUGUGGGGUCUGUCACAGGGACCCCUCUUUCUUUGGUUACUGUAAAUGGGGAACUUCAACUUGUACUUCCUAGAUUUUCUUUCCCUUGCAGUUAUUUGCUGGGACUCCUUUCUGGCCUACUAGUGUGUCCCCUUGGCUGUGACCAGAGACUCCGUGUCCCCACCAGUCCUUGUCACGUUGCUACCUGGUUUCUUUUUGGUGUUCUGAAAUAGAGUAACCAAAUGGUUAUUUGUCUGAAUGUAAUAACCUCAAACUUCUUGUGGUCAUCUUCCAAGACGAAACAAAACAGACCGCAAGCCACCAAGCCUGAGAACUCAGCCUCUGAUGCUGGUGCUUGGAGUACCCUUCACUGUUAUUAGGGCAGAGGACAGUCUGCAGCCCACACAAGGGAUCUAGCUGGCUUUAUUAGGGACUGACCAAACACCAUCAGGGUCGGGGUACCUAGAUCAUAGCCCGUGGAGUCUGACAGCAUUGAGAUUGUUCUCUUAGCACCCUGGUGGCAGAGGCAGUUGGAGGGACCAGGGACUUUUAACCACAGCUUCCUGUAGAAGUGUGAAGUUCCCAGGUCAGCCACAGAGCAGGCAUCCCCCGAGUUCACUGCCCACAGAAGCCCUACUGCCAAGAUGGGCCUGACAUGCCCUGUGGCUGUGGUUUUGAGUCCACUGGGGUGGCUGGCAGGAGCCAUGCUGGGCUGAGCCUCAACCACCAGCCACAUUCCAGGAAGCUUUUCUCUGUCAGACUGGGAGUUCCAAAUCUGACCAGAGUGUCCUUUGUGCUUUGUUUGGAGUCUGUCACCUAGGUGUUGUCAUUUCUUUAUUAUCUGUACAUAAAUGUUCAAAUGCUAGACUCAAACAGUGAAGGGUCAGCCUUGUGUUUGUCAUCACAGUGACCAAGGCUGUGUGAAUGUAAGGAUGCAGGAGGGACCCAUGGUCAUGGUGCUGGUUUUUUGGUCUCUGGUAAAGACACACAGUUCUCUUCCCAAAACCGAGGCCGUGAGUCCAGAUGAUGUGUGAGCGUGUUGCCUUCCCACCAUCCUCGGGAUACCCUUUGGAAGCAGUGGCCCAUGGGCAGUGUCAGAAGCCGGACAGAGUGGGCAGUUUGUCUAAUGUGCUGGUGUAGUGUUAGGUUCAAAUGCAAACCUGCUGCUUCUAGGAGUAUUUCUCCGCUCACAGGUGGGGAGGGACCCGUCACCCCUCCACAGCCUCUACACUGAGGUUCUCAGUGAAGACCCCACACAACCUGGCCACCCCACCCCGCUCCAAGGAUGUGGCUGGAAAACAGAAGGUAAAUAAAAAACCUUGUUGA